UGGCCCCCAACAUGGGGCGGAGACGCGGAAAGGCGCUGGAAACCCGGAACUGGGCUUCUCAGACUUUUUACGGUCUAAGUCAGUGCUUUAUUUUAUUCCGUUGUCAGCGCCUGCGCCUUCAGGGAACCGGUACAGGAAACAGCGCGGGGCUUCAGUCUGGGGUCCGGCUGACGCGCUGCAGCUACUCGCUGCUGGCUGCCUGCCGGUGCGCGGUGACCUGCGGACUGUCCUGCUCGUCUCGCAAUGGCCAGAUUCUGGGUCUGCGUGGCCGGCGCCGGGUUUUUAAUUGCAUGUGUGAUUUUGCAUGGGCGUCUAUGUGGCUCGGGGGUAUUAAGGAACUUUGUUUUUCAAGUUUCCUGGAGAACUGAGAAACUUCUUUACCGGCUGGAUUUGGAUUGGCCUAAUUAUCCAGAAUACUUCACUGGAACAACAUUCUGUGUUGCAGUUGAUUCUCUGAGUGGCUUGGUUUAUGUAGCUCAAAGAGGGGAUAGCAUCCCCAAAGUCUUAGUGUUCACCGAGGAUGGUUAUUUCCUAAGAGCCUGGAAUUAUACGGUUGAUACACCUCAUGGUAUGUUUGCAGCCAGUACACCCUACGAGCAGUCAGUCUGGAUCACAGAUGUGGGAAGUGGAUCCUAUGGUCAUACUGUUAAGAAGUACAAUUCAUUUGGUGAUCUUGUUCAAGUCUUGGGUACUGCAGGCAAGAAAGGCACUGGACUGAAUCCUCUGCAGUUUGAUAAUCCUGCAGAAUUAUAUGUGGAAGACACAGGAGACAUUUAUAUUGUUGAUGGAGAUGGAGGAUUGAAUAACAGAUUAAUCAAACUGUCCCAAGAUUUCAUGAUCCUUUGGCUGCAUGGAGAAAAUGGGACGGGGCCUGGAAAAUUCAAUAUACCGCACAGUGUUACACUUGAUUCAGCUGGCCGGGUGUGGGUUGCUGAUCGAGGAAAUAAAAGAAUCCAAGUAUUCAAUAAGGACACUGGGGAGUGGUUAGGAGCGUGGAGUGACUGUUUCACAGACGAAGGACCUUCUUCUGUCAGAUUCACUCCGGAUGGGAAGCACUUGAUCGUGGCUCAACUGGGCCUCAGCAGGCUGCUGGUGCUGGCCGCGCCCCCAGUGGGGAGCAUUGGCACCUGCUCUGUGGUCAGCACCAUCCAGCUGCCAGACCAAACUCUGCCACACCUCCUAGAAAUCGACCACAUGACGGGAGCCAUCUACGUAGCAGAAAUCGGGGCAAAGCAAGUGCAAAGAUAUGUCCCUUUGAGCACCUAUGUUCCUGCAUUCAGUACAUAGUGGGUUUUUUUCUGAAAGUAUUUCAAGUGUCAGUUCAAAUUCUCAGAUCUGUUAAUUGUUUAAAAAUGGGCUUCAAACACAAAAAAAUUAUUUUUAUAUAAUCUGGUUACUAAAAGAUCUAUGUGUAGGUUGUUAUAUGUCAACAUGUUGUUGCCAUUUAUGUGACUCAGUUUUAUUCACUAAGUGCAUAAGGAUAUUUUAAUGUAAUUUUAAAAAUGGAAUCAGAAAGAGGAACCAAGACUGUAGCCAAGUUCCUAGACCUGGUAGAUUAACUUUUCCUGGUAAAAAAGUAGGAAUAAAAGUGGAUUCCUAGGAUAAUUCAUUGAAUUUCAUGUGAAGAACUAGCAGCAAACCUCCAGUUUGUUGAACUACAUGAAAUAGGCCCCCUUGAGAGAUCGUGGGGACUGGGGCCCUGGGUAGCUGAGUGCGCCCGCAGGCAGAUGCUGAAACUAUGAAACAAGCUCCCACUCUUGACCCUGAGGAGCUGCGAGCCAGGCUGGAAAGCAGGAGCAGGCAGCACCACAGCAGCACCUGACUCUGGACCUAACGCUCUGGAUCUAAUGACAUCCAGGGAGGCUGCAGGGAAAGUCAGCUCAAGCUCAGACUGACAGUCUGCAGAGGAAACAGCAUGGUUGGAGGUGAGAAGUUCUAGGAAGGUGCAAACUUGCCGAGAGCUUUGGUCCACAUUCAGACCUUGGUCAUCACAGCCCAACUUGCCGUUGCUUCUUUAGCUGUAAGAUCUUCAUGUCAGUCCUUUAGCGUGCAAUGAAAUGGCGGCAUCGGAGCACUUUACCGAAAGUUUUUAAAAAAUACAUAGAAGUUUUUAAAAGCUAAUCUUAGAGCUAGGAUCCCUCCUCAAUUUUUUUUAAAGCACAAAAUAAGUUCAUUCAUAAAAUUUGUCUACCUCAAAGAAAUUUCAGGGAUAUUUAUAUGGAUAUAUGCCAAACCCUUGGAGUUACUCAGAUGCAAACUUCCCUGCCUUUCUGUUCCUGUACCCUCUCCCAUUGGUCUGAAUAUUGGCUUCCUAACUGGAGUGCUUUUUCAGUUCGUUCUAGUGUACCUUUUGGUAGAAGCUGGCCACAUUGCAGUCUUUAAGGCCACUCUCGCCCUCGCCUCAGUCCACUCCCAUCUUCGUCACAGGGUCUUACUGUGAGUGCGGCAGCGUACUGAAGGCCCGAGCUGACUCUGUGAGACAUCUGUUCUGUUUUCCAGGCUGAAGGCACUCAUGUGUUCUGAUGCUUUGGAUCAGUGCAGUUAGGAAGGUAAGUUAGUAGCAAUUGCAGACCCUGUCCUGAUCCCAAGGCCCUUGGUAAAUGUAUUAUGCCACUGAUCAGACUACAUGGUUUUUAAGGAGUUGUCUUAGUUUUCUCUUUAGUAAUGUGGGAACUUCAUUUUUUCCUUCUGCAUGGGUGCUGUGGGGAUCACAGGUGAGGCAGAUGUAAGGGUGCCUUGAAGUUUGCUAUAGGAGUGCCCCAGGCAUUUAGUAAUGGGUCUUUCUAAAUGUGCGUGUACAUGGUACCAAGGGCAAGGAUUUGUGUUGGUGGCUUUUAUCAGAAUGCAUCCUGAUGAACCAUUCUGCAUUAGGCUAGCAUGAUCAGUUGAUUUGGAUUUAAAAGAAUAAUUUGAAGCUUUCUUUUUGUUUGUGAACCAUGACAAGAAGUACAAAUAUGCCUUGGAAGGAAUGUAGGUUAGCUAAACUGAUUCUAUUAUUUCUAAAAUGUCUUGCUUAACUUUUACAUCAGAUUUUUAUAAAACUUGCUGAAAUGUUCUUGUAUAUCUUACAAAAAGUGAUUGCUAGCAUACUUGAAAUUACAAUAUUUUGCCUUUUUCUUUUGGAUGUGUUAGUUAAAUGAAUGAGAAAUGUGUUUUUUCAUUAAAAAUGCAUAUUAAAAUUGUGGAAAGGUCA